UACCCUGGUAUGCUAAGGGCUCUCUGGGGCAGGGCUAUAUAACCCCAGAGGGACCGCCCCAGGCUGACUUUCCGCUCCUGUCUAGCCAGAGCCAUCACCUCAUCUGUCCCCAGGAGACCGGAGCUAUGGCACCCAAGAAGGCCAAGCGCAGGGCAGCUGCAGAGGGCGGAAGCUCCAGUGUCUUCUCCAUGUUUGACCAAACCCAGAUCCAGGAGUUCAAGGAGGCCUUCACAGUGAUUGACCAGAACCGGGAUGGGAUCAUUGACAAGGAAGACUUGCGGGACACCUUCGCCGCCAUGGGCCGCCUCAACGUGAAGAAUGAGGAGCUGGACGCCAUGAUGAAGGAAGCCAGUGGUCCCAUCAACUUCACGGUCUUCCUGACAAUGUUUGGGGAGAAGCUCAAAGGUGCUGACCCUGAGGAUGUCAUCACUGGAGCUUUCAAGGUCCUGGACCCUGAGGGCAAGGGCACCAUCAAGAAGCAGUUCUUAGAGGAGCUGCUGACCACGCAGUGUGACCGCUUCUCCCACGAAGAGAUCAAGAACAUGUGGGCGGCCUUCCCCCCCGACGUGGGCGGCAACGUGGACUACAAGAACAUCUGCUAUGUCAUCACACACGGUGACGCCAAGGACCAGGAGUGAGGGACCCUCUCGGAUGGGCGUCUGGCUACCGACGCCUUUUUAUUCGGCCAUCCCCCGCCCCAACUCCUAAUAAAAUGGAAUUGGUCUUUG